GCGAGAGAGAGAGGAGGGAAGAAGGAGGUGACGGACCUGCUCCUCUGGGACUCGGCUGCAGCUCACUGCUAGGUGCUAUCAGCGGGGUUGGCUCACAAAAACGCUCCUCGGCUUGGAAAAAAUGCGCAAUAAGGCAACCGGGUAGCGCCUCGUAGCUGUCAACCGAAGCUCUCGCCAGAGUCUCUCCACAACGGUCGCCGCUCUCGCUCCGCUGUGUGCAGGGAAAUCUGGACUAACUGUGAGGAGGAAAGGAUCCAUGGAGAUCCGCGUCGAGGGAAGCGUCUGGAUUAUCUGAUUAGGGGACGAAGCGUUGAGCAUUUUUUUUUUCCCAGAGUGGUGUUUGCGCGUCGUGCCACCGCCGUGUCCAAACUGCAGCCCGCGACGUGUUUUUUGUUUUUAGCUGGGACAGUGUAAGCUCUCGGAGCUCCGGCGGUCAUGGCGGACCAGGAGGAGACUUUUGGCCUUCAAAACUCUCCCGGUGGCUCGGAUUCAAGGGAAUUACCGAGCGAUAAUAAAUCAGAGAAGCAGAACGGGACCUCGAGCAAAUCUCCAUCAUCACAGACAACUUACAUCCAGCAGGGAAUGGAGGGAAUAAAAGUCUACUUGCACGAGAGGGAACUCUGGUCGAAGUUUCACGAGGUGGGGACGGAGAUGAUCAUCACCAAAGCUGGAAGGCGAAUGUUCCCCAGCUUCAAAGUGAAGGUCACGGGACUGAACCCCAAAACUAAAUACAUUCUCCUGAUGGAUGUCGUUCCUGCAGAUGACCAUCGCUACAAAUUCGCCGAUAACAAAUGGUCUGUGACCGGGAAGGCAGAGCCCGCCAUGCCCGGCAGGCUCUACGUCCACCCGGACUCUCCGGCCACCGGCGCGCACUGGAUGAGGCAGCUCGUCUCCUUCCAGAAGCUGAAGCUGACCAACAACCACCUGGACCCGUUCGGACACAUCAUCCUGAAUUCGAUGCAUAAGUACCAGCCGAGGAUCCACAUCGUGAAGGCGGACGAGAACAACGGCUUCGGCUCCAAGAACACGGCCUUCUGCACUCACGUCUUCCCCGAGACGGCCUUCAUUGCGGUCACGUCCUACCAGAACCACAAGAUAACCCAGCUGAAGAUCGAGAACAACCCGUUCGCCAAAGGCUUUCGUGGGAGCGAUGACAUGGAGCUGCACCGGAUGUCCAGGAUGCAAAGUACCAAGGAGUAUCCAGUAGUGCCUCGCAGUACAGUGCGCCAGAGAGUGGGCUCCAGCCAGAGCCCAUUCAGCGGAGAGGUCCAGGGCAUGGCCACCCCGAGCACCCUGAGCUCCCAGUACUCCCAGUGUGAGAACGGGGUCACGAGCACCUCACAGGACUUGCUGCCUCAGUCGGGCUCCUACCCCCUGCCACACGAGCACGGCCAGGAGUAUCACUGCAUCAAGAGGAAAGUGGAGGAUGACUGUCACUCAGGUGAGCACAGCUAUAAGAAGGCCUAUCUGGAGAGCUCGUCCAGUGAGGAGGAUCAUUACUACCGUCCCGUCGGCUACGCCCAGAGCCUCGGCCUGGCCGGAGGGCCCUACCGCAGUGAAUCCAGCCAGCGGCAGGCCUGCAUGUAUGCCAGCGCCUCGCAGGGCGCGGAGCCUGUUCCUAGUUUGGAGGACAUCAGCUGCAACACUUGGGCCAGUGUUUCACCCUAUGGGAGUUGCUCCGUCACCACCAUGCAGCCAAUGGAACGGCUGCCCUACCAGCACUUCUCCGCUCACUUCACCUCAGGGUCUCUGGUGUCCAGACUUGGCGGGGUCGGGGGCCACGCCUCUCCGCAGCUGGGCGACGGCCACCACGCUGCCAUGUACCAGAGCUCCAUGACCCACCAGACUCUGGGCCGCCAGUGCAGUCCUGGGGCUGGGAUCCAGUCACCGACAGCUGGCCUACAGGGAAACGAGUACCUCUAUACACACGGCAUACCACGUACACUAUCGCCACACCAGUACCACACUGUACAUAGUGUCAGCAUCAUGCCAGAGUGGAACGAGAACAGCUAAAAGGGCUUUUUACACUCAACAGAUACAAAUAUUAAAGGAAACGAAGAAAAAAGGACCAAAACAAGGCAGGGUUUAGAUGCAUCUAUAUUUAUAUUUUUAGAGGACGUCUUGCUGAUCAUCUUAAUGUGAUCAGUGUUGUUUCACUGACAGCAGUGGAUAUUUGUAAGGCUGUGUUGGGCAGGAAAGCAAGCAUCUUAUCACUUAAUUUGUCGUGACAGCAUCUGCACUUAUAAGCAAAUAUCACCAACAUGAACAAACAGGAGCUGGACCAGAAUAUACACAAAGACUGCUCAGGUGCAGAGAAAGUGGGCACAGUGGAAAUUCAGACACUGAACAGAAGACGACAAGUACUUCAGAUGCUUUGCCAGCUGUCCCCAAGUUGAUCGUGUUCUUGUGUGCUGGUGUUUUUUUGGAUGUCAUUGUAUCAGAUUGAAUAUGUUUUCAUCUUUCUUUAACAAGUACUCAUGUCCCGAAAUCGCGUAAAAAAAGGACGCCUGUCUUCUGUCACAAUAUCCUGAGUUCUCAUUUUCUUCAGUGUUUUUGUAGUUAACAUGAAACAGCAGACGGGAGCUUUUGUUGUGGUGAAUUCGCUUGCCCUUAAAUCCGUCGGGAUGUUUUUUUAUUUCCCUGACGCUGGGUUGCAUUUACAUGCACGCUCAGAACAUAAUCUUAGUGCUGUUAUGAGAAACACAAUAGGACAGCACUUCAAUAAAGCGUUCAUUCAUACACAGACAUACUUCCUCGGUGUUCCAACAGUGUUACGACCAGUCACAGUUGAGCUAUACAAGACGAAACGCAGCAGUGUAGCCAAUGGCAUUAAAUUAUACAAUAAUAACCAGAUUUCUAACCUUAUGUUACCAGUUUUGUUUUUUUGUUUUUUUCAGAUACUUUAUACCUCAGUUUGCAGGGUGUACUGCACUCCAGAUUGUCACAGUCAAGACACAGCAAGCUAGCUCAAACACAGAAGAGUCAGUAAAAUUGUCAGCACCAUAAAGCCCCCACAAUAAUUUGACUGCCUCCACCCAGCUCUCCAUGUUGAUGCUAAUACAAAGACGCCCAAUGACAAAUUGCAACCAUUUUUUUUUGUUGUUGUUGAUUUGAGAUUGAUACUUGCAGUUUGGAAGAAGCAAUUACAUGAGCAGUGACAGUAACAACCAAAAGUGUCUGACCCUCAGCAUUUAUACAUUAACCGUUAAUCAAAUUGUCAGUGAACAUAUGAGGGGGUAUUAGACCUCAAGUCAUCAUGUGGCCAGAAACACAACACCCAAUGAAUGGAAAUGUCUCUCUGUGUCUACUGGAUGCAAUUAAGGCAAUGGGUUGCAAACACAUUACAACUUUAUAAGGUGAUAAUAUGUCAGGGCUGCGGGUUUGUCACCUUGUGUGUGGUGUUCUUCUGCCCCCAUGUGGCCGAAAAAUUAAUUCCUUAAUGCAGCUCUAAUUGCUGCAAUUAUUGGAUCACAGCUACAUAAAGAUUAGCAGUCGGAGUGUGAGUUCAUUAAGUGGAAAGGGCAUGUGUUGAUGACUGUUUGACUUUGGUUUCACGGGAUAGUGCUGCUUGACGGGGAGGUCGUUAGCUCUACAGCAAAUAAACUCGUGAGAUUCAGCUCAGAACAGCAUGGCAUUCUAAAGAAUUCAAAAGAUAUGUUUAUUGAGGAAAUGAAUUACACAUUAGUGCUGCAAUUUAAGCAUUACUAAGGACCAUUAAAAUAUGCUCAGUUGCAACUAAUUGCCAAACCUCAUUUUCAUUUUUUUUGUUACAGAUUUUGGUGCUUUUUCACACAGCAGUACAAAUACAGUUUAUGGAACAACAGCUAUUAGUUAUAAUCAAUACACUGUGUGCAAAAUUACAUGAAAGUGGGCAUUUUCUCACAGCCCUUGUUCCAGUCUUCUGAUGCCCAAAAAAAAAAAAAAAAAAGUCUGAAUUACCCUACAUGAAUCGUACGGAAAGGGCAAUAACAUAAAAGUUGAACUAUUCCUGUUGGCACUGAAAUAAAAGAAGUGUCAUAACUAUUUUUUAUUACCAUUUAAUGAACUGGCACUAGUGGGAAACACAGAAACUUUAAUGUUGCAAGCACAGGCAACAAAUGUGGUUUUAACUCUUAACUGUGUUUUUAUGAUGCAUAUACGAUGAGACAUAUUUUCCACGCCAGUAUUUUAACUUUUUCGAGAAACGUCUGAGAAAACAUUGGUUACAAAAAGAGUCGUCAGCGUACAACCGCCAGGUUUUUACCAAAUCUGGCGCCAUGCCACACACUGAUUUUGAAAUGUGCUUAUUAUGUGGCAAGUACAGCAAAAGGUUCUCUCUGAUAUUCAAAGAUUCCAAGUCUCCUUGAGAUCUAGAUUUCUUUCAUAAGACAGAAGAACAGGGAUGGGCUGUUGUGCAUCCGUGUAUUUAUUUGGAUUAUACAUCACGACACACUUUUUAUGGAUGAAACUGCUGUGACUCUGGAUCAAUCACAACUAAAUUAUAUUGAUAUAUAGAGACAACUAACUUUGCAGUAUUACUUUUGUACCUUCAGAUGGUUUCGUUUUGUUUUGUUUUGUUUGUGCCUUCUCUCUAAUGCAACAGCCCCGCAGAGUUUGAAGGAUGUGUCUCUUGUCUUUGUCUCUGUCUGUGUGUCUCCUGCAGCCUCAUGCUGUUCUCAGUGAAUGUGUAUGCUCUAAAAAUGUCAUGUAUUAAUCCCCAAAAGGCACUUCUCUGAGAAUCAAAGUAAACCAACGUGUAAAAUAGCAGUCGGACACCACACAGAAUGUAAAUUUGAAAAUGCAAAACAAGAUUUACUUGAUAUACACGUUAUCAAGCAAAGGUCAGUUUCACCCUCCAGGUGUGUGUAUGUUAGAGGUAUGUUUUACAUGUGGACAAAGGCUAAUUCUUAAAUGCUUGUAGUUGAUAGAAUGCUAUUUGUCAAUAGUAUUUAUUUUUCAACUAUGUAAAUCAGCUCGCUCCUGCAUGUAUCGAAGAUAGAUGGUCCCAUUUCUUUUUUUUUUUUAUAGCCUGUUUUUUAUGAUUGUUUAUAGGAUUUUCUAAUCAUACUUAUAUAGAAAACAGGAGAUUACUAUACAGCUGUCAGAACGUAUCAAAAUAAGAUUGAAAACACAUGGGUAACCUUGUAAAUAAACAUGUACAUAACAGAAUACCUGCAAUAAAUUAAAAAAAAUAAUAACA